UUGCAGUUAGGGAAAGGACGGUGAACUCAUGACUGCGGUAUCAGAAAUUCACAGGAAUCUGAUUUCCAGGCACACCAGAAGAGCGUGUUUAGGUCGUCACCUAAACCAUAUAAUCCCUCAGUAUUCCGCUUUUCUCAUGGUAAAUAGACACUGCACUUUCGUCUCCUUUUCAUAUAAAUCUCUGCUUUCUAGGACACCAUGGAUCAUAUUAUAUUUGAAGACCCUUCGCAACGCGUAUCACGUGCUAAGAAAGUUUGCUCUAACCCUUCUGUACCCCUUGCCAGGCGUGAUGGUGCGAUUGAGCAAGCACCGGGACAAAUUAAUCCUCAUUUUAGUCAUACUGGCAUUUUUGAUAUUCAAUUCAAUAGCAAUGAGCCAGUUUCUUUAUACGAUAUGUUCUCGUUAUGUGGGGACGAUAAAUCAGGAAACGAGGAUCAAUCAAACGGUUCUUCGAAAGCUCUAUCUUUACAGCCUAACACUCAGCAGGAGAGGUCUACUCCUGUCCCUCACAAACCAGAAGACGAUAUUAUCCUAAUUGAUCCAGCAAUUCUCGAGGGAGAGAAAAUAAAUGAAGAUAAACUGAGCAAGAACGAUGCGCCAGAUUGCUCUGGCUCUCCUGCGUAUCCCAUAUCACCUAAAUUACUCACGCUACAUGGACAUGCUCAAAAUAUUGAGGGUCUAGGACACGCUUCAGCAUCUUUUAAUGUGCUUCAAACCGUAGUAGAAGCACCACAGUUCUCAUCCAAAAGGCCAUCAAGCAAUGCAAUAAAUGCAGAACCACCCUGCAAGCAAACGGCGUCACUCUAUGAACGUCUCGAAUUCUUUUCUUGGCUGUUCCAAUACGGACUAUCAGAGUCACUCUCUGCAGCUAGCGCAGAGCUUCCCUUCACACAAGCCAAGACUGCAGAUAAGUCGCCGGAAUCCCUUUGCUUACAGCGCCGGCGACUCCCGCCAACUCCCAAUCGCAGACGUGCUACUUCAAUCAGGUCCAGAAAGGGCAAAGCAUGGGAACCCGAUGAAAUUGAGCUUCUUAUAAAAUUGAAGGAAGAUGGCUUGUCAUGGUCUGUGAUCACGAAGAGGUUCCAAAAACGAUUUCCCAGGAGAUCUCGAGGCUCUAUUCAGGUAUAUUGGAGCACGAACUUGAAAUAUUUACAUUAA